AGAUCCUGCGGCGUGCGCUCGGUGGUGGCGGCGGCGGCGGUGGCUCGGGGAGUCGGAGGCGACCGGGCUCAGCGUGCGGCCACCAUGACAGGAAGCAACAUGUCCAAUGCCUUGGCUAACGCGGUAUGCCAGCGCUGCCAGGCGCGCUUCACCCCUGCUGAGCGGAUCGUCAAUAGCAACGGAGAGCUGUACCAUGAGCACUGCUUCGUGUGUGCCCAGUGCUUCCGGCCCUUCCCUGAGGGCCUCUUCUACGAGUUUGAAGGCCGGAAGUACUGCGAACAUGACUUCCAAAUGCUGUUUGCUCCGUGCUGUGGAUCAUGUGGUGAGUUCAUCAUCGGCCGAGUCAUCAAGGCCAUGAACAACAACUGGCACCCGGGGUGCUUCCGCUGUGAGCUGUGUGACGUGGAGCUGGCUGACCUAGGCUUCGUGAAGAACGCAGGCAGGCACCUGUGCCGACCUUGCCACAACCGUGAGAAGGCUAAGGGCCUGGGCAAGUACAUCUGUCAGCGGUGCCACCUGGUCAUCGAGGAGCAGCCCCUCAUGUUCAGGAGUGACGCAUACCAUCCAGACCACUUCAGCUGCACCCACUGCAGGAAGGAGCUGACUGCCGAGGCCCGUGAGCUGAAGGGGGAGCUCUACUGCCUGCCAUGCCAUGACAAGAUGGGUGUUCCCAUCUGUGGGGCCUGUCGCCGGCCCAUCGAGGGCCGCGUGGUCAAUGCACUAGGCAAACAGUGGCACGUGGAGCACUUCGUCUGUGCCAAGUGUGAGAAGCCGUUCCUGGGGCACCGGCACUAUGAGAAGAAGGGCCUGGCCUACUGUGAGACCCACUACAACCAGCUCUUUGGGGAUGUCUGCUACAGCUGCAGCCACGUCAUCGAGGGUGACGUGGUGUCAGCUCUCAACAAGGCCUGGUGUGUGAACUGCUUCUCCUGCUCUACCUGCAACAGCAAGCUCACCCUGAAGAACAAGUUUGUGGAGUUUGACAUGAAGCCUGUGUGUAAGAGAUGCUAUGAGAAGUUCCCUCUGGAGCUGAAGAAGCGGCUGAAGAAGCUGUCCGAGCUGGCUGCCCGCAAGGCUAACCCCAAGUCUGUGGGCCUUGACUCCACCUGAGAGGCCCCCUCUUCUCCUUCCUGCUGGUCUUUCUGCCCCUGCUGCCCUCUUCUGUUUGCCACCUCCACCCCCUAGUGUCAUCACCCUUCAUCUGUCCCCACCUCCUUACUUCCCGGUCCUUUUUCUCCCUUUCUCUGGUCAGCAUUCCCUCCUCUCAACUUCUCCCCCUUUCCCUGGGCUCCUCUCCUUCUUUCUCUGCAGGCACAGGGCAGAGGCAGGGCCCUGGAAGUUGUGAGCCUGUGCCAGGCCUGUGCCCAUAAGAUUUAGCCCAGGGUCCUCCAGGGACAAGAGCGAAUCCGGGCCUGGGUUCACUAGGCCCCAGAUGUGGGCCACUGCUCCCAGCUCUACCUUUCUGACCUAUCCCAUCCUCACAAGAGGCCUAGCGGCUCACAUUCUUCUGUGUGGGCUUGGCCAUCCUCUGCCUGAGUGGCCCCACUGUGCAUACGUGUGGCCUUCCAUGGCCAGGCAGGCACCCCAGCCCCAGAACCAAGGCCACGCAGAAAGGAGCCUCUGGGGAGCGACUCUUCUAUCCCUCAGCCAUGCACUCACUCAACCAAGUAGGAUUCCUGUGCCCAAACUAGGCUAGCAAGUCCUGUCACCUCACUCCACAAAUCAGCAGGAGAGACAAGGACUCUACUUCCCCUGUCUCUCCAUCCUGAGCCUCGGCCACCAUGGUCCCCCAGAACUCCUCUGUGGUCACCACAGCUCCUCCAGCUCCACCCCCAGCCCCCAGGGUACAUGCUGAGCCAGGAGGUGGUGGGAUCAGGUGGGUGGCUCUGGCUCCUUCCUGCCUUCCAGGGAAGACACUUCCUCUGUGGCCAGCACAGGACCUGGUGUUAGGACUCACACUGCACAAUAAACAAAGGCUUAUUGACACGA